ACGAGCGACGCGGGGCGCUUUCUUUUCAGUGCCGGGCUUGAGGUGGUGAGAGCGAGAGUGAAGGACUCGGCCGUGGAGACUGACCAGUCCGUGAGGCCCCUCCGGAGCGGGGCCGGAGGCUCUUGUGGAACUGAACCAAAUAAAAGUAUGGAUAUGGGAAAUCAACAUCCUUCUAUUAGUAGGCUUCAGGAAAUACAAAAGGAAGUCAAGAGUAUUGAACAGCAAGUGAUUGGCUUCAGUGGUCUCUCAGGUGACAAGAACUAUAAGAAGCUGGAGAGGAUUCUGACUAAACAACUUUUUGAAAUUGACUCUGUAGAUACUGAAGGAAAGGGGGAUAUUCAACAAGCCAGAAAAAGGGCCGCUCAGGACAUAGAGCGCCUUCUCAAAGAGCUGGAACAGAAUGCAAACCAUCCGCACCGUAUAGAGAUAGAGAAUAUUUUUAAGGAAGCUCAGUCACUUGUGAAGGAAGAAAUUGCUCCACUCUGUAGUGGAGAUAACCAAGUAACUGAUGAAUUUGAAGAAGCCAUCCAGGAUGUCAUACUGAGACUGACACAUGUAAAAACUGGAGGGAAAAUCUCUUUGCGGAAAGCAAGAUACCACACUUUGACCAGAAUAUGUGCAGUUCAAGAGAUUAUUGAAGAUUCCAUGAAGAGGCAACCUUCCUUGCCACUUUCUGAAGAUGCACAUCCUUCUGUCUCCAAAAUAAACUCUGUUAUGUGUGAAGUGAACAAAGCCAGAGGGACUCUUAUUGCUCUUUUAAUGGGAGUAAACAACAGGGAGACUUGCAAGCACUUAUCCUGUGUGCUGUCAGGGUUGAUUGCUGAUCUGGAUGCUUUAGAUGUUUGUGGACGUACAGAAAUAAGAAAUUAUAGGAAGGAAGUAGUGGAGGAUAUCAACAAAUUAUUGAAAUAUUUGGAUUUAGAAGAAGAAGCAGAUUCUACUUAUGCAUUUGACCUGGGACAGAAUCAAUCCAUUUUAAAAAUAGAAGGGAUCCUCAAGAAAAUGAGAGAAGUGAAGAAUGAACUUCUUAAAGCACAAAAUCCUGCUGAUUUAUACCUUGGAUCAAAGACAGAAUUGCAAGGUUUAAUUGGACAGUUGGAUGAAGUGGACCUUGGGAAGAACCCAUGUAUCCGAGAAGCAAGAAGAAGAGCUGUAAUAGAAGUGCAAACACUUAUCACUUUUAUUGACUUAAAGGAAGCUCUUGAGAAAAGAAAGCCGGGAGUUGCUGAGGAACACCCAUCCCACAAAUCCAUCUGGAGUGUUCUUGGAAGUUUGUCUGAGAUCCAGCGAGAAGUUCUUUCGUUUGACGGAAAUAGAACUGAUAAGAACUAUAUCCGGCUGGAGGAGCUCCUCACCAAGCAGCUGUUAGCCCUAGAUGCUGUGGAUCCUCAAGGAGAGGAGAAGUGCAAAACUGCCAGGAAACAAGCCGUGAAGCUUGCGCAGAAUAUUCUCAGCUAUCUCGACUUGAAAUCAGAUGAAUGGGAAUACUAAGAUAUCAGAGGUCACAUAUUUGAUAUUGCUUGUUUUGCACUUUAUGUAGAUUCCUAUAUAUUUAUAUAGAGCUCUUUCAGUCUGCUGAGGCAUAUAUGAUUUAAACAUGCAUAUUUCAACACCAGUAUUUGUUUAUGACCCCUGACUUGAGCAGAUUAUAUCUCUACCAUUUUUCAUGGUGCAAAAACAGAUGUAUUUACAACCCAUUAGCAUUUCCAUUUGGGUUGUAUUUUCUGUAUGAUGUGUAUUUUUAUUCUGGAAAAAAUGAGUUCUGUCAGAUGCAGAAUUUGCAGUAAUUGAUCUAUUUUUAAAAUGGAUAGUGCAGAAGCAAAAAAUGCAAAUGUUCUGAAAUCUAGAUAGACUUCUUACACAUUACUGGAAAUAAUUAUGAAAAUGAGAAAUAGAUUAAUUAUUGGCCUGAUACGAUUAAGAUCCAAACACUAGAGCAGCACAAAAAAAGUUUUUAAUAUGCUAAAUAAAAGCAAAAAGGAAAACCAGUUUUUAAAAUUUAGAAAUGUUGAU